AUGACUGAAUAUUUGGAAGAAUCUUUGCGACCGCCGCACGCGGUCCCGGCACGAAAGUUACGAGGAACAAGUCGACGCCGGAGACGCAAGGGCGCGUGGAAGAAGCUUCUCUGGGUGAAGCAAUCAUGUAUGGAUCCUGAUAACUACACCGAUACGGAAACGUUCCUCGAUCAUCUCCAGCGCAACCCGCGCGUGCGUCCUUACGACUUCUGGCCACUAGUAGCCGAUUCUACGGUCAUUGUUCAGCAUGUCUGCUCGGUGGCGAUCUUUGUUUGCUGUUUCGUUGGCAUCGUCCAGGGACGAGUGAGCCCCGUCUCGAUUGUGUGCUGGGGGAGCGUCGGGACGGCUAUGGGCUGGAUACUGUGGGAUUCUGUCCCGCCUCUGCCUCCCCACGAUGCGCCGAUGAUUUCGCGACUCUCUUCGCGCAACCGCCAGCGGCUAUCUACAGUCAAAUCGGCGUUCUUGAUCUACUGUGCAUUACUGGGGCUUAGUCCGAUCCUUAAAUCGCUCACCAAAUCGACGGCUAGCGACUCGAUCUGGGCGAUGAGCUGCUGGCUGUUGAUCACCAACAUCUUCUCUUUUGACUAUGGAAGUGGGGAGGGCGCAGGCGCUACGAAGUUCCCGGCUUCUCUGUCGACUAACGCUGCGGUGAUGGCCUCGACCGUGUUGGCGUCCCGACUGCCGUCGACCACGCACGUGUUCAGUUUAAUGCUGUUCUCCAUCGAAGUGUUCGGGCUGUUCCCUAUCUUCCGGCGUCAAUUGCGCCAUAUCUCCUGGACCGGUCAUGUGUUCCUGACACUAGCGCUGGUGAUCGCGGCUGGUGGCGCAGUUGGGAUUACAUUAAGGGGCGGAUUGACGGCGGCCGUGGUUGGUUCUAUGCUGGGCAGCAUCCUGACGGCCUUGGCAAUGGGAGGCUGUAGUUGGUGGCUCAUCAGUCUGCAAAAGUACAAGAAUGUGGUGACUGGACCGUGGGACCCGGCGCGGCCCAUCAUCCGACGACAUUGGGAUUAA